GCAGUUUGUGAAAGGAAUUUCUCUAUACUAAAAUGGCUUUUUGAAAAUAAGCAUACACAAUUGAGUUUAUUACAAAUUGAAUCCAUAGCAAAGAUUAGAUCUUUUUAUGUUUCAAAUAUAAAUAAAGAAUUGAGAGUUUAUGGUAAAGAUGUAAAUAAUAAAAACUUAAGAGAAAAUUUAAAUAACUCUGUAAUUAUGCAGCAAACUGAAGAUUUAGAAAUUGAAGACAAUAAUAAUAAUGAUUUGUAA